AUGAACAUGAGUCUUUUGAGUUUUAGAGGCUUCUUUGUUUUAGUUUGUAUUGGGAUUUUAGCUUCUCAACCAUUUAAGGUUUCUGGCUUGAGAAGCAAAGAUCUUGCUCUGAGAUGGGAUGAAGGACUUUUGCCAUUUGUUAGAAGUUUUCGAGUCCUCAAGUCUGUUUAUGCAGUGGAGGAUUUGCAAUCAAAGGUGGAGUUGGCACCUGCACCUUCCAUGACCAUUGAUCCUAAUCAGUCAAACAAACGGACAGUAAGAAAAGGACCAGACCCGAUUCACAACAGAAGCUGA